GAUCUCACGAAGAAUUCGGAAAGAAUGUAAAACCAAUUGAGGUUUUGAAACCAUCCAAAGAGCCCAACUCUAUCAUGCGGUCAGGAAUGAAUGGCACGGACGGGAAAACUGGAUCUAACAAUAAUUCUCCUUUCAUGGUUUCAAAACCCUCCGAAGAGCUGGGCUCGAACAUGUUGAAAGAAACGGACGAGAUCUAUGAAAGAAUGGGAGCUUACGGCGUUUCUAAACCAUUCGAGGAGCCCGCAUCGAACAUGAUAACACAAGCAGAUGAAGCUAAUGAAAGAACUUGGUCUCGCAGUGAAAAUGAAUAUGAUGAUCAUGAUAUUAAACCAAUUGAGUUGCCAAAACCAUCUGAAAAGUCUGGAUCAAUGAUGGUAGCAAGAACAGUUCGAUCUAAUGAGAAGAUCCGAUCUCACGAGGAAUUCGGAAAGAAUGUUAAACCAAUUGAGGUUUUAAAACCGUUGGAAAAAUCAGACGUGAUGAACGUAACAGCAACGGGUGAAUCUAAUGAAAGAAUUCGGUCUCGUAAUAAAUCCGUCAAGGCUAUAAGUCAAAAGAUCAAGAAACCAUCGAAAGAGUUUGGCCCGAUCGCGGUAAAAAAGACAAUUCCUCCAAAGAAAGCGCGGGAAAGUACCGAUUCCAAAGAAAAACGUAAACGUUUAAAUUCCGCGGUCACACAAGAACUUCAGAAAAGAAAACUCAGGAACAAGAUCCGGCAAUAUCAGGAAGAAAAAUUGAAAUUACAGGCUGAAUUAAGUGAAGUGAAAACCAAAAAAGAAAAAUUGGAGACUGAUAAGUACAACCUAUUUACCCAAACUCAAAUGCAAGUAGAAAAGUUGCAUGAGUGGGAGGAAGUGUCGAUUGAUAUAGAGGAAACAUCAGAAGAAGUGGAGGAAACAGCUUAUAAGAUUAUGCAGGUAUGCACAAUAAUUAUACACUUACGGUAG